GGCGUACCGAAUGCGAUAUAUCAAAACAUGGCGACCAGGAAACACGUGGGUGAUGGAGAAGACGAAGUGCCGGCAAAAACAUCCACUGACUCCGUCCAAAGUGAAAAACUACUGAUAUUUCUAAAGUGGUGUGAUGACAACGGAUUUUGUGUCUCGAAAAAGGUGAAAGUUGGUAAAGAAGGAUCAUGUGCACAAAAUGGCAUGGUUGCUAUAACUGACAUUGAGAAGGGAGAGACACUCUUCGUCAUCCCCAGAAAGAUGUUACUGACACCAAGCACAUGUGGCAUUGCCAAAUUGUUGGAAGAAGGGUCGGCCGAGCUACAGAGCUCCAGUGGCUGGAUUCCCCUUCUAAUUGCGCUGAUGUAUGAAUACAACAACCCUCAGUCAAGAUGGAGGACAUACCUGGACGUCUGCCCCGACUUCAAGGAGCUCACUCUCCCUAUGUUCUGGUCUCAGUCUGAACGAGAAGAGCUCCUGAAAGGCACCGGUGUGAUUGAGGCAGUUGACCGUGACCUUGUCAACAUAACUCAUGACUUCAAGAAGCUUGUGCAGCCUUUCAUCCAGAAACACAAGGAUGUGUUUGGGCCAUUAUACGAUGACAUUGAGUUCUACAAGAAGAUAGUGGCCUUUGUCAUGGCCUACAGCUUCACCGAGCCUGUCAAAAUGGACGGUGAAGAGGAAGAUGAAGCUGACACAGUUACCUCCCCUCCCAUGAUGGUGCCCAUGGCAGACAUCUUGAAUCAUGUGGCAAAGAAUAAUGCAAAUCUGGAGUUUGAGAAGGACUGCUUGAAGAUGGUUGCUAUUAAUGAUAUCAAAAAGGGCGAAGAAGUAUUCAACACAUACGGGCAGGUGGCCAACUGGCAUCUUCUCCAUAUGUACGGCUUUGCUGAGCCCUACCCAAACAACCACUACGACACUGUUGACAUCCCCCUGAGAUUGGUGCUAGAUGCAGCUAAACAACUGGACUACAACACCCCUCAGCUUCUGCAGGACAAGUGGGCUUUCCUGCAGGCCAUGGACCUUGCAUCGGACGAUGUUUUUGUGGUGGGCGUCGACGGUAUCCUGACCGAGGAGGAGCUGUACAGCACACUGAAGGUGUUGUCAAUGACGGAGCCAACGUUCAAGGAAUACCAGGAGAAAGAUGGAUGGAGUGAUGAUGACAGUGAUGACGAGGAUGAUGAAUCUCUUUCAUUUGAAAAGAUGAAAACCCUUCCAGAAAGCUGGAAGACCAUUUUAUCGAGUUGUGCAAGUGCCUGUUUGCAGCGUUACUCAACAACUCUUGAAGAGAAUGAGAAGACCACACCGUCAUCAUUACCCACAAUACACCGGUUUGCCUUGUUAACCAGCCAUGGCCAGAUGAAACUUGUACAGAAAAUAAUUGAAUGUUGUACAUAAUGUAGAAUAAACUGAUCUUAUGUAGA